UCUCGGGCGGGGCGGGCCCGAGCUAGGCAGAGCGAGGCCAGAGGGGCGCCAGGGCCACGCUCUGGGUCCGGGCUCCUCACGCGGGAGACCAUGUCCAGCGGCAGCAGCUUCAGCCAGACCCCAAGCCGGGCAAUCCCCACCACCCGCCGGGUGGUCCUCGGCGAUGGCGUGCAGCUGCCGCCCGGGGACUACAGCACCACUCCCGGCGGCACGCUCUUCAGCACCACCCCAGGAGGUACCCGGAUCAUCUAUGACCGGAAGUUCCUAAUGGAGUGUCGGAACUCACCUGUGACCAAAACGCCCCCGAGGGACCUGCCCACCAUUCCCGGGGUCACCAGCCCUGUGGGUGAUGAGCCCCCCACAGAUGCCAGCCAGAACCACCUGCGCAGUAGCCCAGACGACAAGCCGGCGGGGGCGGGCGGUGAAGAGUCACAGUUUGAGAUGGACAUUUAAAGGACCAGCCAUGGGAUCGAGCAAUGCCUCUGGGCCCCAGUGGCCCCUUUCGGGAGAAGGAUCCCACCAGCCGGCCUUAUGAAAGUUGCCAUCCUGGGCAGGCGUUGGGCGUGGGGUCGGCUGCCCCAGCCCCCUGCUCCCUCACUCAGGGCACCUGCUCCCCCUUCUUCAUGAACACCAGCAGAUACCUCCAUGUGCCUCCACUCCUGCAGGUGCUGUCACCCCAAGAGGAGUGACCUCAGGCAUACCCUGCAGCCCAGGGCCAGCUCGUGGACUAGGAGGAGCCCUUCUGAAUGGUCCUCUAGCUCUUCCAGCAUCCUCCUGGGGAGGGUGUGCCCACCCCUUCCUUAGGUUGGUGUGUGGAAAUGCUCCCAUCCCUCUCUCUUCCCAAGAAAGGAAAUAAAAGCCACCUUUGCCCUAGGGCCAAGAA